GAGGUUUGUCUGUGCCCAGUUCCUUCUGGGAUUAGCAAGUUUUACUUUUGCUUCCAGAAUAGGACUUUAAAGACCAUCCCUAAAUCUGUGGGCCCUUUGAGCAAAAGUAAACAUGUGGCAUUGUUCCCUGCUAUGGGUGAAUUCCUACCAUUGUAAGACUCUCUCUGACUGUGACUUCCUGGGCAGGAUUUUGAUGAUGAAUACGGUCACACCAAGUAGUGGAGAACUUCUUAAUAGGCCACUGUUCAACUUUAAUUCCUAGAACGAGCCUCUGACUUCAGGUUAUCAUGGAUACCCAGCAAGAGACAAUCAAGGUAACCAGGAGCCAGCAGCAACUCCUGAUGCAAUGGUGCAGCCAUUCACCACAAUCCCAUUUCCGCCACCCCCACAGAACGGGAUUCCCACAGAGUAUGGGGUGCCACACACUCAGGACUAUGCAGGCCAGACCAGCGAGCACAAUCUGACGCUCUACGGGAGCACACAGCCACAUGGCGAGCAGAGCACGACCACAGCCAGCACGCAGAAUGGAUCUCUCGCACAGACGGAAGGAGGGGCACAGACAGAUGGACAGCAAUCACAGACACAGAGCAGUGAGAACACCGAGAGCAAAUCCACUCCGAAACGACUUCAUGUGUCUAACAUUCCCUUCCGCUUUCGAGAUCCUGACCUUCGACAGAUGUUUGGGCAAUUUGGCAAAAUCCUUGAUGUAGAGAUAAUCUUUAAUGAGCGCGGCUCCAAGGGAUUCGGGUUCGUAACUUUCGAGAAUAGUGCUGAUGCAGACAGGGCCAGGGAGAAAUUACACGGCACCGUGGUAGAGGGCCGUAAAAUCGAGGUUAACAACGCCACAGCACGAGUGAUGACCAAUAAGAAGAUGGUCACGCCGUAUGCAAAUGGUUGGAAGUUGAGUCCUGUGGUUGGAGCGGUGUACGGCCCUGAGUUAUAUGCAGCGUCCAGCUUUCAAGCAGAUGUCUCGCUGGGCAAUGACGCCGCAGUGCCCCUGUCAGGAAGGGGGGGUAUUAACACUUACAUUCCUUUAAUCAUUCCAGGCUUCCCCUAUCCAACUGCAGCCACCACAGCAGCCGCGUUUCGGGGAGCCCACCUGAGGGGCCGAGGAAGGACGGUUUAUGGGGCAGUCCGGGCAGUACCUCCCACAGCCAUCCCUGCCUACCCAGGUGUGGUUUACCAGGACGGAUUUUACGGUGCUGACCUCUAUGGUGGAUACGCAGCCUACAGAUAUGCACAGCCUGCUACUGCAACAGCAGCCACGGCCGCUGCAGCCGCUGCAGCAGCUUACAGCGAUGGUUAUGGCAGGGUGUACACAGCAGAUCCUUACCAUGCCCUUGCCCCUGCCGCUAGCUACGGAGUUGGCGCUGUGGCGAGUUUAUACCGAGGUGGCUACAGCCGAUUUGCCCCCUACUGAAGUGACGUGAGCCCCCUGCAAGUGGGACAGCCCCCCCAGUUCAUGAGGCCUGGCUAUUGCAAUAUUUACUAGUAGAGGAACUCUAUAGCAAGACGAGGAGGAAAAACAAAAACAAAAGAGAAUACUUUUUUAUACCUCACUAUGUUCUUUGAAUAUGUAUUUUUUUUUUCCUUUAAAUUUCUGCCUUUAAUUCUUUUGUUCCAAAGAUUGUGCUUUUUUUUUUUUGGAUUUUUUGUUUGUUUUGUUUUCAUUUUUUUUUUUUUUAACUGUGGUAAAAGAAAAAAAAAUAAUGCAUUUCCGUGUCUGUAUGUUGGUGCAUAGCUUAUCCUACCAAUCACGGAAAAGGCAAUUAGCGAUAAGGAAAGCUGUUAGAAACCGCUGUCGUGCGAUUAAUCAGGAACGCGCAGGCAGAGUCACUGCCCUGGGUCUGGUGCUCGGUGCCCGGGAGGACGUGAGGGAGAAGUCUCCACCUGCCGUGUUUCUGCUCCGCGGAAGGAAGCGCUCUUUGGCUGUGGCUGGGACCUAAACGCUGGUGGGAAAUGUUGCAUUCGGAGAAGGGGGAAAUGCGGAGACUUCCCUCCUUGUUUUUUAUCACCACCCGACACGCACGGGUUCGGGACAGUUGCAGCAGUGUCAGGACUUUAGACUCGGCAAGAGAAGAUUUCCUCAACCUGCCCAAAGACUUUGGCUGUUACCGCUGCACAGGGGACGAGACUUUGAAAGGAGGUUUUGAGGAGGAGGAUCUUCCCUCCUACACACACGACUUACUCUAGCUGAUCGUUGUCCGUUGCUGGUGGCUGUAACUCUCUUAGUUUUCCACCCUCCUUUUCGAGACCCUUCUCCCUUGCUGUCCCUUUGCUCCCUCUCUUCCUCGAGGAGCGGCUGGUGCCAUGCAGCAUCAGGCAGUACCUCUGUUGCGGACGGCAAGCGGUUACAGCUGCGUGCAGCCGUGAUGAUGGAGAAAGCUGCGGCAGAAGAAGCGUGCAUCGGUGCUGAUGUCCGACCAGCAAAGUCUCUCCUUCUGCUCAUCCUGAGCUGCUUAGGCACUGCUGCGAGCAAUCUGUUUCAAGUAACAUGAGUGAGGAAAAACGAGUCAGUGUAUAAGCUGCUGAGGUGAGGGGCACACGCACGUGGGUUUGUCUGGGGGAGGAGCGUCCUUUAUAUCCAAACGUGAGCCUGAUGUAGUUUUGUUUCGGUCAGGAGCUUUGGGGGGGGAGGCAGGAGCAGCUUGUACAAGCUCUGAAUUCAUAGGAACUUCCCACCGCAAGCUAUAUCUAAGGCCCUUACAGUCACGUUGGAGCCCCGGGUUGGUUCUGCCCAGCCUCCCGUAGAAAGUUGCGCACCUGGGCUGCUGGGUCCAUGAUGACACUACAUAUGAUGAGGUUUGGAAGAGGAGAGUCUGCUUGGGAGACGGCUCUGUGACACCCCCCCCCCCCCCCCCCCCCCCCCCCCCCCCCCCCCCCCCCCCCCCCCCAAGCACUGUCUCCCUUCUCUCCUUGGCAGCAAUUUGGCUGGGCCGCAAAGUUGGCAUUCUUGGCUGCCAGCGGGAGCAGUGCUGUGACGGGGAGCUGCUGCUCUCCAGCUCCACUCUGUGUUCCCAGCAGCCCGGGUGCUCGGAGGGAAGGGCUCUUCCACCACCCCUAAGCCGCGUGAAAGAAGCGUGGUUUCGCUGGGCUGCCUCAACUCUUGCUUCUUGGAAGGGCUUCUUGGAGCACGGGUUUGUUGGUGGAGCCUCUCCUUACUCCUGCCAUACCCCUGCUUUCUCCAUCCUCUGCUGAAACCAGAAUAGGAAACCUCCUGCAUUUAACACUAAGCAGUGUCCACAAGCUGAGCUCCCGGGGAGGUGUCCUGGCCCGGCCACGCACAACCACGCGUUCUUUGCUCUCCCCCAGUGAAACACGGCCUCUGGGUGCAGCAGAAGAGGCCUCUCAAGGGGAAGGAUGUGGAGGCCAUUAGUUAAGCUAGAGACCCUAAAGCUAUUGAUUCUGUGGAGGAAUAGCUAGAAAAAGGGGACACCAAACUGCCAGCCUGUUGGCCACCUUUUGCUGUUUCUUUGUUUUUUGGGUUUUUUUUUCCUGGUUUUAUUGUUGGUUUUUAAUUUUUUUUUUUUUUCCCAAGCCAAAGUUUGGUUUGUUGCUGUUGUGACGAUUUUUUUUGUUGUUGUUGUUGUUUGUAUAUAAAUAUUUUAGUUAGACUGAAAAGACGGGGGGGGGAGGGGGGCACAGGGUGUUGGGGCUUUCACAAAAAACUAGGAAAUGAGAGGGAAUGGGGGCUCCUGGGGGCCCUCGCCGAGCUGCAGGAGGGGUCUGUGUUAGGAUCAGUGCGAGGGGAGCCGUUCCCACCGCGGGGCUCACAGCCCUCCGCCCCUUCCCUGCAGUAUGGCUCCGUUGGUUCUCAUCCUUCUCGCCCACCCCCAACUCUGCCUCUUGGUGCGGGAGGCCGGCCCCGUUUCUGCUUCCCAGCAGAGUCUAUGCACGGCAGCUUCAGCCCACCCGCAUCUGUGGAGAGGCUGAGGGGCUUCUUGGCGGGGUCGUGGUGCCCCGCUGUACGAUCUCCAAGUAAAACCCCCUCCAGGGCAUCGGGCCUGGUUCCUCCUGCUCCCAUAGCUCCCCACCGGGCUCCCAAAGUCUGACACAUUGCAGUGAGCAGCGGGAGCGCCGCGCUCCCCGUUGGCGAACAGCAGGUGUGGUUUUGCUUGGCUCGUAACGAGGUGCGUUCAGAGCAGCCAAGCCGUGGCUAUGCUGUCUUCUGGAGGAGUGAGGACAGAGCCUAUAUCUCCCUAUGCAAAAUGAGUUGCUCUUAAUGAGUUGAACUGGGUCCUGGCUUGUCUGGCAGACAGCAGCUAACGUUGUCCCCGAGGUGGGUCUGCAGGCAAGUCCCCGGGGCUUGGCUUUCAUGGGGACAGCGCGGGCUGGCACAGAGCUUGCUGCUGUCACCUCUUGUCUGGUGGCACCCAGGGUUCCUCUUGGUGCAGAGAAAGGGAAGUUCCUCUGAGCGUUGCUGUCUGUUCUGUCUUAUAGUGGAUCUGGCCAGUGCACCGUGUUGUACCGAUACAACUUUGAGUUGAAGAGCUCCUUUUUUUUCUUUAAUAUGCCGGUAUGUCUUUCCUUGAGUGUUUAGUUGUGCUGGUAAACAGGUGAAUGCUACUGGCAUAGCACACUCUCUACUGGGAAUAGGUCUCAUCGGUGCCUGGCGUGCAGCAUAACUCUCCCCAUGCUACCCAGCUGCUAGGAAAAGCUUUAGGAAAAGUCGUGCUGGAAGCUGGGCCACUGGGGAGCUCACCCAGGUCCGGGUGGAUCCAGUGAGGGGUUCGGAGAGACAAAGCCAUGUUUUGAAGUAGCCUGAGGGGGAGCAGGCUGGCUCAGCAAGGACUUGCUCAGGAGACCUGUGGUUCAGUCAGGGCUCUGCCAGUGAUCCUCGCAUCACUGCCCUAGGCUUGCUUCCCCAUCCCUAAUGCGCAGGUAGUAGUUUAUCCCCUGUUCUCGCCCAUUUUAUCUGUGGAAGUGUGCAGCAAGAGGGCUGUCAGAGCACCAGGCUCAGGUGCUAGCUGCGGUACCGUUGGUGACACCAUCUCAUCGCCUGCCCUUCUCAUCCUGGAAGGAGACGCGGGCUGCUCGCUGGUGUAGAGAGCUCCCAGAGUGAGGAGUGCAGAGCCCCCCAGUUGGUUUCUACCCACGUACAUCCCCAACCCUUCCCUGUCUGCGUCCCAGCCCAGCCCCAAAGCAGGAGACGAGCGGAGAACGUGUAGGGGAGCUCUUGGAAACUUAUCAAAGGGAAACCACCGUGGGCUCCGGGCGCAGCUCCACAGGGGAAGCACGCGGGGAGCUGCAGCCCUGGGUGCAGAGGGUGAUGGCUGAUGCAUGUUACCUGUUUGCACUGUUUUAAUAUAGGAGUGGGGGGGGGGGAGAUGAAACCAACCCAACCUAGUGAAUGCGGUGAACAUCCAGUGUAAACUUCUUUGUGUCUUUCUUUUGUCAUGCUCUUGGAAGAUGUCCGACAUUUUGUAGUAUACACCAGUGAGACUUGAUUCUUGGUUGCAUAAAACACUAUUUUCGGUGAUGUUAAUGUCUGAUGAGCCCCUUCCCUCCACCCCACUUUACUGGUUGCCCUCUCUGCCCUCAAACCUCAGUCAAACCUCUCUUCUGCAACAAGAACUCCGGUCCCCAAGGCGAGCAGGAGGCUGAUGGCCAGCGUGUGAAAUGGGGCCCUACUCAAGCAGGCUCAGGGCUUUUCCCUGGUACGUGUUUCUCUAGCAGGACUCGGCAGGAUGCCCCCCAUCCCUCCCCAGUGUGCAUCGAGGGCAGCCCCACGUGGCUGCGGGCAUCCGGGUCCUGUCCCCACUGCCGACCCCAAGUUGGGAAGCACUGGCAGUGAUUGUCCCCUGGGUACCGGGCUGCGCCUCUCGGCAAGCCAAAAUCCUUGCCUGAUUCACCAAGAGACUGCUGGUGUCUGAAGCUGUCCACCCCAGCGUUCAUUUGGCUGGCAGUCAGCAAAAUGCCAUUUCAUAUUCCCUCCCCUUUUUUUUUCCUGGAGUGGGUCAAUGACAAAUCGUUUGCCAGACUCCCAGUUCUCCGCUGGUGGAGGGGCUCGUUGCUUCCCCAAGGGGUGGAUUCCUUGCAGAAAUCAGGCCUCCCGCAGGAGCAGCCUCAGUUCUGGUCAUGUGGUUUUUUUUCUAUUAUUUUUUUGUUUGUUUGUUUGAUCACAGUAUUUUGUGUGCGUGUUGUAGUUUUGGCAGCUUGGAUUUGGCUGCGUUACCAUGUGACGAAAUAAUCCUCUUUUUUUUUUUUUUU